AUGGUCGCAGGGUCCUGGGUCCUAGUUGGGCUGGGGGUGCAGAUUAAGCGGGAGGCGCGCUGGGAGCAUGCACUCGGGCGGCCAGGCGCGCUCCCGGCUCCCGAGGCGCUGCCCUCACGCGGCCUUUCCGCUUCUGCUCCUCGCCUCUGGAUCGCGGCCGCCGCGCUGGGCGGUGAGAGCGCCUUGGCGAGGCCGCGUGUUGCGCACGGUUUGGGCGCGAGGAACCUGGAGGUGCGCGCCCCGCCGGCGAGGAGCCGGCUCCCCGCGCUGCGGACGUCCUUCGAGGGUCAACCAGGACUACUGGGACCACAGGGUCCAAUUGGAGCCUUGGGACCCCCAGGACCCAUCGGGAUUCCAGGAGAGAAAGGGCUGCGAGGUGACAGUGGCCCUCCUGGAGCAGCUGGGCAGAAAGGAGACAAGGGCCCAACUGGUGUUCCUGGGUUUCCUGGUUUGGAUGGCAUAUCUGGAUACCCAGGACUUCCAGGAUCCAGAGGCAAACCUGGCGUGAAUGGCUACAAUGGCUCAAGAGGUGAUCCAGGGCUUCCGGGAGAAAACGGAGCUCCUGGCCCAGUAGGGCCCCCAGGCGACAGAGGGGACCCAGGACCUCCCGGCUUCCCAGGAUCUAGGGGAGCGAGUGGACCUGCAGGCCCAAUGGGCUAUCCGGGAGAGCCAGGAUUAGCAGGACCUCCUGGCCAUCGUGGGAGCCCAGGUUUGAAGGGUAAUCCUGGCGUGGGAGUCAAGGGGCAGAAGGGAUCCCCGGGUGAGGUUGGCCAGCAAGGUUCUCCAGGACCAACCCUACUGGUGGAACCACCUGAUUCUUCUCUCUAUAAAGGAGAAAAGGGUAUAAAAGGAAUGCCUGGCCUUACUGGGCCACCAGGACCUUUUGGAUUCAAGGGAAAACCUGGUAUUGGGGCAAAAGGAGAGAAGGGUAUUGCUGGCUUUCCAGGGGCUCCGGGUGUCCCUGGCUCCUAUGGAUCCCCAGGUUUUCCAGGAAUAAAGGGGGAAUUGGGACCAGUUGGUGAUCCUGGGCCAUUUGGAUUUCUUGGCUCAAAGGGGGAUCCUGGAGACCGUGGACACCCAGGACCACCAGGUGUUUUGGUCACACCACCUGUUCCACUCAAAGACCUGGCCCCAGUGGACAUCUCAAUUGAGGUCUGUGAUGUAGACGUGUAUAAGAAACUGGGAAAACCUGGUACCUCAGGACCACAUGGCAGCAAAGGAGAAAAGGGUGACACAGUUGUACCGAGAGUUAAAGGGCACAAAGGAGAAAGAGGUCCUAAUGGACUCCCAGGAUUCCCAGGGCAACAGGGACAAGAUGGUCGGGAUGGACAUCCAGGAGGAAGAGGAAAACCAGGCUCCCCAGACAUGUGCCAGACCUGCCAUAUCCGAGUUAGACCUCUGGCUGAUGUUCAUGGCCUCCUGGCCUUGUGGCUGGUGGGGAGACCAGGAGCCCCUGGCCGCCCUGGCGUGAGAGGCCCAGAUGGCCUGAAAGGUCAGAAAGGUACUACGAUUACUUGUAACAUAACCUACCCAGGGAGGCCAGGCCCUCCAGGUUUGGAUGGACCUCCAGGUCCAAAGGGAUUUCCAGGUUCCCAGGGUGCUCCUGGGCCGAGGUGUUUUGAUGGGCAAAAAGGCCGACGUGGCAAACCAGGAAUAUCCAACAUACCAGGCCCGCCUGGUUUUCAUGGUGACAUGGGAGAUCCAGGUUUUGGAGGUGAAAAGGGGUACUCCCCUAUUGGGCCUCCAGGCCCUCCUGGCUUACCUGGCAUGAACGGUCAGAAAGGAAUCCCAGGUGACCCUGCUUAUGGCCCCCCAGGACCUCCAGGAAAGAGGGGUCUUUCAGGAGUGCCAGGGAUAAAAGGACCCAGAGGUGAUGUUGGACAUCCAGGGGCUGCAGGGCCAAUGGGCCCUCCAGGAAUUCCAGGUCUCAAGGGUCCUAAAGGCAGAGCAGGAAGUGCUGGCUUUCCAGGUAUUCCAGGCCUGCCUGGCCAUUCCUGUGAAAGAGGUGCUCCAGGGCCACCAGGGCAGCCAGGACUCCCCGGGAUUCCAGGUGGUCCAGGUGCCCCAGGCUGGAAAGGACAGCAAGGGGAUGGAGGGCCUCCUGGACCAGUGGGAAUGAAGGGUCUUCCUGGAGCCCCAGGACGGCCAGGGGCAGAUGGACUCCCUGGACCACCAGGACUCUCAGGCCUCUUUGGGGAUGAUGGACUACCUGGUCUUCCAGGCCCACAGGGGCCGCAGGGUCUGCCUGGUGUUCCAGGGUUUCCAGGGGAGAGAGGAAGGCCUGGCCCAGAAGGACAACCUGGCAGAAAGGGAGCACGUGGAGAGAAAGGUUGGCCUGGCCUUCUGGGAGACCAGGGAGCAAGAGGUGCCAGAGGAGAGAGAGGACCUCCAGGAGAUGAAGGAGAAACAGUGAUUAUAUCCCAAAAAGGGAAAACUGGAGAACCUGGACUUCCUGGAGAUGGUGGACCGCUGGGGGUGAAAGGUGAUAAAGGAAGUCCAGGGGUGCAAGGGAGAAGAGGAGAGCCAGGAAGACAUGGGCCACCAGGAUUUCUCAGUGGGGAACCUGGUAGAAAUGGACAGCAGGGGCUUCCUGGACCCCCAGGACCGCCAGGCUUACCUGGCUUAAGAGGGAUCGUUGGUUUUCCGGGAUUUCCAGGUGACCAGGGUGGUCCAGGUUCUCCAGGCCCCACUGGACUUUCAGGAAUUGAUGGCGCGAGAGGACCUAAAGGAAUCAAAGGUGACCCUGCAAGUCAGUUUGGUCCACCUGGUCUGAAGGGUGAGCCAGGUAGCCUUGGAUGUCCAGGGCAUUUCGGAGUCCCUGGUGAGCAGGGCUUGCCUGGUGUUCACGGGCCCCAUGGACCACCUGGAAGGCCAGGACUGCCAGGCUCCUCUGGACCACCAGGGUUUCCAGGUGAUCAAGGGGUGCCUGGGAUGAGGGGACAUCCAGGAGAAACAGGGGACCGUGGACCAAGCGGCCUCAUGGGGCAUCCAGGGAUACCAGGUCCUCCAGGAAUAAAAGGUUCCUCGGGGUCCCCUGGCCUGAAUGGCUUGCAUGGUUUAAAGGGCCAGAAAGGAACCAAAGGUGCUUCAGGUUUGCAUGAAAUGGGCCCACCAGGUCCAGUGGGAAUGCCUGGGCUAAAAGGGGAGAUAGGAGACCCUGGGAGUCCAGGAAUUUCUCCUCCAGGCUUUUUUGGAGACAAAGGUCCUCCAGGUCCUCCAGGGAGACCAGGACCACCUGGUCCAGUGGGUGGCCCAGGAAGAGCUCCUAUUGGUGACAUUCCUGACCAGGGUCCACUUGGAGAUCAGGGGCCUCCUGGUCCCGAUGGCCCAACAGGUGUACCAGGGCCUCCAGGCAGCCCUGGGAGGGUUGACCUCCUAAGAGGUGAUCCCGGUGACUGUGGCCUGCCAGGGCCACCAGGAGCCCCGGGCCCACCAGGCCCUCCAGGACAUAGAGGUUUCCCAGGAUGUGAUGGAAAUGUCGGCCAGAAAGGACCAAUGGGAUUCCCAGGGCCACAGGGUCCCCAUGGAUUUCCUGGGCUUCCUGGAGAAAAGGGUUUACCUGGCUUUCCAGGUAUACAAGGGCCCCCUGGUCCUCCAGGUGAACCUGGACCACCUGCAGGUGAGGAUGACUGCCCCCGAAUCCCGGGGCUUCCUGGAGUGCCAGGCCCAAGAGGACCAGAAGGACCCAUGGGGAUCCCUGGGCCACAGGGUGCCCCAGGAGCAGAGUGCAAAGGACAACCUGGGUUGGAUGGCAGGAGGGGCGAGCCUGGCAUUCCUGGGACACCUGGGCCUUCAGGACGCAAGGGUGACAUGGGAGAAGCUGGCUGCUCUGGACCACCAGGUCCUCCUGGUCCCACUGGGGACCCUGGGCCCAGAGGGUUUGGACCUGGGUACCUCAGCGGCUUCCUCCUGGUUCUUCACAGUCAGACGGAUCAAGAACCCACCUGCCCAGUGGGCAUGCCCAAGCUCUGGACAGGGUAUAGUUUGUUAUUCCUGGAAGGACAAGAGAAAGCUCACAACCAGGAUCUUGGUCUGGCAGGGUCUUGUCUUCCCAUGUUCAGCACACUGCCCUUUGCCUACUGCAACAUUCACCAAGUGUGCCACUAUGCCCAGAGAAAUGACAAAUCCUACUGGCUGGCCAGUGCUGCCCCUCUGCCCAUGAUGCCGCUCUCAGAAGAGGAGGUGCGCCCGUACAUCAGCCGCUGCGCCGUGUGCGAGGCCCCAGCCCAGGCGGUGGCGGUGCAUAGCCAGGACCAGUCCAUACCUCCAUGUCCACGGUCCUGGAGGAGCCUCUGGAUUGGGUAUUCAUUCUUGAUGCACACAGGAGCUGGGUCCCAAGGUGGAGGGCAGGCCCUCAUGUCACCGGGCAGCUGUCUGGAAGACUUCAGAGCAGCACCGUUCCUUGAAUGCCAAGGCCGACAGGGAACAUGCCAUGUUUUUGCAAACGAGUAUAGCUUCUGGCUGACCACAGUGAAACCAGACUUGCAGUUCUCCUCCCCACCAUCACCAGACACCUUGAAAGACAGCCAGGCCCAGCGCCAGAAAGUCAGCAGAUGCCAGGUCUGUGUGAAGUACAGUUAG